AUGGCUUGCAGACUUGCUGAUUCUAUGUUACUUUCCAAGGGCCCCUAUCAUAAGCCAAUUCGAAGCCAGAGAAUUGGAGCCCAUUGUUCUUCAGGAAUCUGCUAUUUGAAAUGGGACAAACUUCCCCAAAAGGAGAUCAAGCGUCAAAAAUGUUCUCGUAGAAAUCGAACUGCCUUCGUACAAGCAAUUGCCGUUCCAGUUGCACCAUCUUCAACAGACAGCGCUGAGUACAGGAAACAAUUAUGUGAAAGUUAUGGUUUCAGGCAAAUUGGAGAACCACUCCCAGACAAUGUUACACUAAAGAAUAUCAUUGAUACCCUUCCAAAAAAGGUGUUUGAGAUUGAUGAUGUGAAAGCAUGGAAGUCAGUUCUAAUAUCUGCCACUUCCUAUGCAAUUGGGCUCUUUAUGAUUUCAAAAGCCCCAUGGUAUCUACUCCCUCUGGCAUGGGCAUGGACAGGGACUGCAGUUACUGGGUUUUUUGUUAUAGGCCAUGAUUGUGCACACAAAUCAUUCUCAAGAAACAAAUUAGUGGAAGACAUUGUUGGGACACUAGCCUUUUUGCCGUUGAUAUAUCCAUACGAACCAUGGAGGUUUAAGCACGAUCGGCAUCAUGCAAAAACAAACAUGUUGGUUGAGGAUACAGCGUGGCAGCCUAUCCCAAAAGAUGAGUUUGAUUCAUCCCCUUUGUUGCGCAAGGCACUUAUUUAUGCAUAUGGCCCAAUUCGUCCUUGGAUGUCAAUAGCUCACUGGUGGCUCAUCCACUUCAAUUUGAAGAAGUUCAGAACAAGUGAAGUUAAAAGGGCGGCUAUCAGUUUGGCUUGUGUUUUUGCGUUCAUGGGGAUUGGAUGGCCACUAAUUGUGUACAAGACAGGGAUCAUGGGAUGGGUAAAGUUUUGGUUGAUGCCAUGGUUGGGCUACCACUUUUGGAUGAGUACAUUCACAAUGGUUCAUCAUACGGCCCCUCAUAUACCUUUCAAGUCUGCGGAUGAGUGGGAUGCUGCUCAGGCUCAACUUAAUGGAACAGUUCACUGUGACUACCCCUCAUGGAUCGAGAUCCUAUGCCAUGAUAUCAAUGUCCAUAUACCCCAUCAUAUAUCUCCAAGGAUUCCAAGCUAUAACUUAAGAGCAGCUCAUAAGUCUAUCCAAGAAAACUGGGGAAAGUAUCUUAACGAGGCUACAUGGAAUUGGCGCUUGAUGAAGACGAUAAUGACAGUGUGCCAUGUAUACAACAAGGAGGAGAAUUACGUCCCCUUUGAUCGACUUGCCCCUGAAGACUCUCUUCCGAUUACAUUCCUCAAAAAAGUGAUGCCUGAUUAUGCUUGAUCCACUUGUGACCCUUGUGGGGCGUCUCAGCCGUUUUGGUCUCUUCUCUUUCACCCUUUUCUUUUUGGGUCAAUUUAGGUAUGCUUAAGCCAUUUCUUAAUUGCUCUUGCUUAAAAUUUAUGUCCCUUUCAAUUGUUUCUGGUUAUAAUUUAUAAACAGAGCAAUUCAUUGGAAGAAAUUUCCAGGAACGGAACAGAAUAGCCUUGAACAAAGUUGAUUUGUCCUCAUUUUUUGUCAUGGAAUAGAAAUCCUCUAGACUUUGAUUUGUUUU